ACAUAGAGACAAAAAGGAAAACGCAGUCCACACACACACACACACCAACUCACACUGGAGAAGAAGACAAACUUUGAAUUUUGAAGUGAGGGAACAGUUUCAUUUCCGGGAGGACGACGGAUUCGAUUAUUCCGAUCGAUCAUGCCGUCCGGUGCGAAGAAGAGAAAGGCGUUGAAGAAGAAGAAGCAGCAAGAAGCGAUUGGAGCUAGUACGAACAGUAAGGGUUUUAAUGGCGAUAAUCUCCAUGGGCAUAAUGAAGAUGGAAGCCAAGAUGGGAGGGGAAGUGAUAGCAGUUUGAGUUCCCCUGGUUCUCAAGGAAAUGAAGAAUUUGGGAAAAAAGAUUCACCUGCUGCUCUAUCGUCUGGGAUGGUGAAAGGUGCUGCUAAAGAGAUAUCUGGAGAUGCAACGGUUACUCAGGGACUUGGACCGAAAAAUGGCAGUCCUAUUGCGGCUGAAAGAGGAAUGAAUUACCCCAAAAGUACCGCCAAACAUGUAGCUUCUGGUAAUUCGGAAAUCACUCCUGUCGUUGAUUCUGUCAAACCUGUGGUUUCUCUUUCCAAAGCAGUGGCUUCUGAAAAGAUAGAGCAUGUUGAUAAGACCUCAACACACUCAAGUUUGGUCAAAAAGAAGUCUGACGAAAACAAAGAGUAUCAUCCAACUCCGGGACUGGAAAAUAAUAAUUGUAAGGUGCUUACUGUUCCAAGAUCUUCUGCUGAAACAAGCAAAAAAGUAGAGACUGUAAGAAACUCUGAAGCUCCAGUAUCCUCUGAGGGAAAGCGUCCUUUGCUGCCUGGUCCACCAGUUGUCCGAAGGACUUCAUGGCUAAGCUGCUGCGGUCUGUUUGAUGCUAUGACAGGAUCUGAUAGAUAAACACAGAAGAGCAGGGGAUACAUGAAGGUGAAUGCGCUUGACAGCCAAAGCUUAAAGACAACCGAAAGAAACAGGAUUUACGGUCCGUGCACUCUUCUAUGUACAUUAUGUCUUUGAUAGAUGAUAAUGUGGGCGGCUUUUAGAAACAUACAAACAAGACCAAACAUCCUUGAUAGGGUCAAAUUUCGUUUUCUUUUAAUUUGAAAUACAGUCUUCUUUUGUUCAUUAUAUGGAUCUUAGAUUUAUAAGACUAAAUAUAGUUCUAUUUUUCUGUCUA